AUGCACGAUUAUCAUCACCCAGUGAGUUUAUUUUUCUUCUGGUUUGAGUUUUGAAUUGGACCAGGAUUCUGUAACUUCAAAAUUCGAAAAAAUAGUCGAAUGCAGAAUAUUUCUGAAAUAGUCAAAAUCAUUGAAUAAAUAUUUUGCAGAGUGUCCCAACUGCUUUGGCCAUUUACGAACCACUUCAAGAUGGUGUCACAAUCUCAGUCCACGGACACGUCAAACACGGACAUCACAAAAAUUUUGCCGUCGAACUUUUGUCCGGACCAAACAUUGUUCUUCACGUCAAUUUCCGAUUCCAUCAUGAACAUGUUGUUGUUAUGAAUUCGGAAUUCGGAAAUAUGUGGGGACCUGAAAUUAGACACAGAAAUCCGUUGCAUCAUUCCGAACAUUUCCAUUUGCAUAUCAAAGUUCAUCAUGGUUAUUAUCACGUUAGUUUUUUUUAAAACUUUUUUUUUGUUAGCGAAUAAUAUUGAUUGGAAUUUUUGUCAAGAAUCAGGAACUUGAUAAGAAAACCGGAGACUUACAGAAAUUUCGGGAUCUACAAGUUGGAGUAUUUUUUUUAGAAUUUCUGAAUUUUUUUCGUGUUUUUAAACUUAAAAGUUGAGAGUCUUGAAUAGUCUUCGAAUUUCUAAGAAAAAAAAAACUGUAAAAGUUGAAAUCGUGAAAAUUUUUCCGCGCAAUUAAUCCAAAUUUUUUAGAUUUCUGUAAACAACCAUCAUUUGGCUGAUUUCCCACAUCGUUAUCCAUUCCAAUCAGUUCAAGCAAUCGGACUUAAAGGAGAUGUUCAUGUUGACAAAGUUCACUUCGAAGGUUUCCAUUUCCGUACCCCAUGGCAAGGUCAACCAAUUGGACACGGUGCAUCUUACGGUGGAUACACAGCCACUUAUGGAACUGGACCAUCUGGUUUCCAACCAUCUUUUGCUCCACCACCACCAAAUUAUAAUGCCUAUAUGUAA